AAUAAAAAUGCUUCUAUACGAUGUUUUUUAACUUUUUGUCGAUAGUUACAAACUUUAAUCUCUGUUGUGUUUUUCUCAUUUUGUGUUUUUUGUUUUCCAUAUACCAACCCAAAUGGAAAUGAGUAAAAUGGUAUAUAUUAAAAACGUUAAAAAUUAUGUAACCGGUAAAAGAAAGUGUUUCAGACCCUAUGAAGUAUACAACAUUCUUAUUAAGUAGAAACUGCAAAAUCUGUCUAGGUCAUGCUUGAUCCAUAAUUUUGUAUAAAUGUAAAUUAAAUAAAUUCAUUUAAAAAUUGUAAUGACUUGUGUGCUAGCUCAGCGUGCCGGUCCUUAGCUUCUCCGCCCCGAAUUUUGACUGAGUAAUGGGUAUUUGAUAGUCGACGUUACUCGCGUAUCGCGUUGUCCCUUGCUUUUGUUUAUGAUCAACAUUUUGACAGCUGAACGAAGUAAUUUGUCAACGUCACGCACUUCCAUUUUGCUACUUUCGGAGUUUCCCAGGCUGUCUGGAAGUUAGUUGCGCCAUGUCCUGCCUCAAGAGCGUUCUGCAGCUGCUGCAAGUGCUGACAACGCUUUCGGGUUGCAACAUCUACAAAUACGUCGAAGGCAGGCGGGUAUUCAUAGUGAACCGGAAGAUUGAUUUUCUGGUGGGGGCGGUGCAGAGAUUCUGGCUGAGGCCGUAUCUGCUGAUAACCUUCCUGAUGCACUUUGUAUUCUGGUUGCUGCAGUUUCGCGAGGGACUGACGGAUCUAACGCCUGGGAGUGAGAAGCCACUGCAGCUCAUAUACACAAUAGGACUGACAGUUGCCAAAUAUCAGAAUGUAUUAAUAAGCACGGGAAUUGCCUAUCACUACAGGCAUCAUCGUAAGCUAAUGCGACAGGUUCUGAAUCAAUUUAUAACAGUCUAUUAUAGCUACGAGAGAAUUUGCGGAAGGGUGCCGAGAAUUAACUGGCUUCUAUUUGGCAUCCAAGCCUAUAGAGCAGUUAUCGCUUCUCGCGCGCCCAUGCUAAGAAACCAAAUAAUGGUUCUGGGCUAUAACCAAAAUGUUGAGAUAUUAAUGGGACUAUCUGAAGUAAUCUUUAUCUGCAUUCAGCCUCUCCUAUUAUCAUUAGUUGUCUACUUGGGCAUCAUGAUACUUUAUGCCUGCUACGACAUCAAAGUGCACCACAAUCGAAGAAAGUCUUUCCAGCUCCUCGUCUUCUACAGACACCUCAUCAGACUUAGGUACACGUUCGACCGUUUGGCCAGGCCUUUUGUGUGGACGGCUUUAGUGCAGAACUUUUUCCUUUUCAUAGCCAACUUCCACUUGAUACUUUACGAUCAACAAUCAGCCAUACUUUUUGGGGAGUCUCUGCUAAGGGCAAUCUUAUAUCCGGUAGCCCUGCUCCAUAUAAAUGUGACUAUUAGUUCCAUGGAGAAAACAUUUGGUCAAUUUGAAGCGAGUUUCAGACCUCAGCGACAGACACAAAUGCUAUGGCUUUACAAGCACGUUGUGAUAGCUACUGUUGAUAAAAGUGACAUGAAUGCCUUUCGCCUGGACCGGGGACACAUUUUAGAUGUGCUAAGACUAGGAUGGGCCAUCGCCAUGUUUACGAAUGGCUUGUUGCUGAACAGCACCGCUAGGCUUAUACAUUUUAAGACUGUGAAUUAUAAAAAAUUGUUGUAGUUUGCUCAAUUAUAGUUAAAUAUUCGAAGAA